AUGCUGAGCGAUGUGAACAUCUCGAGACGCCCAAGUCUUGAGCCGAUAUGGACCACCUACCACAACCUCGAUGGCAUGCCCAAGACAGCCUUUCGGCCAAAUCAGAGCCCCAUGUUGUCCCCUUCUCCCAUGUCUCCGAAGACACUUCCGAGUCCAAUGUACCCGUCCUCCUAUGAUGGGUCAAUGCGGAGACAGCAAGAUCGAGCUUUGGUGAACAGCCUCGAUCAGACAAACAGACUUCCAAGUUUGUCAAGUCCGAUAACACUGGCCACCAUCGAGGAGCAGUCGCCCUUGGUUUCAAGGCUCGAGAAAAUCAGCAUCUUGCCUCCCAUCGACUUUUCCAUGAAGCACGGCCUACCGACUCCAGCUUCGCCCGAGUUGUCGCCCCCGAGAGAACUCCCUCGCACUCCCGAGGUCGCAAGGCCAGCUCCUAUUCGGGGUCUAUUAGAGCUUUCUGCUCACGGAAGCAACCACCCUGCUGCUGGUCAUUAUGUUCCGAUAUCCCCAGUCUCUCCACCAACGCCACGAAAAGACUCGACUGUUCAACCGCGCGACCAGCUUCAAAAAUGGGGGCACGUCAACUACGGCAAUGCAAAGACAGCCGACGCAUUCGUAAUCGCCAGAUCCCUCCGCCGGCACAGUAACACCAUGACAGAGGCCUCCCACUUCACUUCAUCACAGUCCACAUUCCAAUCACCCAAGCUAAGAGCGCCGAACCGCCUGACGGUUCGCGCCAUCAUCCGUCCCCGAGCCGUGGAGAGACAGGCCUUCCUAAUCCAGCGCAACUUCGACAUCGACCAGCUCCGAGCUACAGUUCCAGACCCGCCCACACCACAGAGCGCGCGAUCCACCAGCAGCAGCGAGGCAUAUCCCAGCCCGUCUGCGCUUGCCAUCCGCAGUUCGCCCCUACUCGGUUCGCUGAUGAGACGUCCAAGCAGCGCUCGAUCCGCAAGUGUGCUCUCGUCGCGCGACCUGCGAUCCGCCCACGACCACGAGAGCCUCAUACGCGACGCCAAGGCUGUGCCGAUCCACUUGAAUUAUAUGCGCGCAUGCCUGCCCGUGCUCGCAGUGCUGCUGGUGUCGGGUCAUGUCCGCGAGGGCGACGUCAUCUACCUGCCCAUGGCGCACGCCGAGGCCUGGCCCCAGACACUGCGCUAUGUGUACACGGGGCAGGGCGAGCUUACACAGGCUAUGAGCGAGAACAUCCUGUACCUGGGCGGCAAGGUCUAG